GUAUGAAGAGAGAGACGAAAGUAUAGAGAAAGUGGUCAGAAAAGGAAUAGUGUCUAGUUUGUAUGUAUUCAAUACAGUGUCAAUGUAAUUGAAGAACGUGAAUAAACGGAGGUUCUUCCCACGGCACCCGAACGCAUCGUCUUCAUCCUUUUUCCCCUCUAAAUAUCUGGACAGCUGGUUACCGGCUGACAACGAGCCAAGUCAGAAACCACCGGUGUGUAUCCGAAACUACUAGAUAAGUCAGCCUCCCCCGCCCUCCCUGCAGGCAAGUCCAAGCCUAAAGUGGGCAUGGGCGACAAAGGGAAAGGCAAGGCCCAGAAGGAGAACCCACCCCCUGGUGCAUCAUACAGCUUCACAGAGGCGCAGGGGGAGGCAAUCGCUCACUGGGUGGAGAGUAACAAGCUACUGUAUAACAUGAAGGACAAACUGUACAAAGACAAGGCAUUAAGGAGGCACCUAUGGGAGGGAAAGGCUGCGGAGUACGGGUUGGAUUAUCAUUCAAUUCUGAAAUGGUACCACACACAGAGGACUCGAUUCUCGAAGCUGCCGGAGGGCCAACCCAAGAAGAAAUCCCAGAAGAGGUCCGGUGAUGGUCUGUCGAGUGGUGACGAGGAAGACCCCAUCCUUGCUGAGCAGGCCAGUGAGAAUGACAGUGACCGUGACAAGUUCAUCCGCCAGGUCUUUGGGUUUCUGAAGAAACACAUCAAACGUCACAAGAAGGAUACACCAGCUAGUUUUAAGGACAAGUUGGCCUUGGCUGAGACGGGUGAGCUGGCUGGGAGUGACGACAGUACCAUGGCAGGCAGUCUUGCAGACGAACCCAGGGAGCCCACCAAGAAGUACACUGGCUACCCUACACCGAGACCUCCUUCCAGGACAGGAACAGCUGCUGAGGACCAACCCGAGUCUCCUACCAUGGAGAUGAGAGUUACCGGAGCAUCAUCCCGUGAUCUCCAAGAUAGGCUGGUUCAGUUCAUCACUCGAGAGCAGCAAGUCAACAGGGCCACUCCUUUCUGCAAGUACCUGGAAACUGAACUGGAUCGUCUGCAUGAUGCCUGCCUGGAACCUGCGUAUGAGGAGAUCACCACAGUUCUUAACCAUUACCAGAAGAUGUCCAGACAGUUCAGGAUGAGGGAAGCGGCUGGUGACCAGAUCAGUCCCUUCGUAGAUGUCCUGUCAGCAUUCCAGUUGCAGCAGCAGCAGAGGCCAGUUGCUGUGAUCCCAGUCUGCACAUCUGCCACCUACUCAAUAGUCAGCCAACAUCAACAGGAGAGUGCCCUCCCCAGCGCCACCCUGCUGUCUCUAGCUCUUGCCAACAUGCCUCAGAGCAAAGCAUUGGGAUGUUAG